GGGACGUGUUCGGGCGUCUCCGCCAUUUUGUGAGUCUAUAACUCCGAGCCGUUGGGUCGGUUCCUGCUAUUCCGGCGCCUCCACUCCGUCCCCCGCGGGUCUCCUCGGUGUGCAAUGGACGGCAUUGUCCCAGACAUAGCAGUUGGUACAAAGCGGGGAUCUGACGAGCUCUUCUCUGCCUGUGUCACCAACGGACCCUUUAUCAUGAGCAGCGGCUCAGCCUCCGCAGCUAACGGAAAUGAUAGCAAGAAGUUCAAAGGUGACAACAGGAGCUCGGGCGUGCCCUCAAGGGUGAUCCACAUCCGGAAGCUCCCCAGCGACGUCACUGAGGGCGAGGUCAUCUCUCUGGGGCUUCCUUUCGGGAAGGUCACCAAUCUCCUGAUGCUGAAAGGGAAGAACCAGGCCUUCAUCGAGAUGAACACGGAGGAGGCGGCAAACACCAUGGUGAACUACUACACGUCCGUGACGCCCGUGCUGCGCGGCCAGCCCAUCUACAUCCAGUUCUCCAACCACAAGGAGCUCAAGACUGACAGCUCGCCCAACCAGGCGCGGGCCCAGGCAGCCCUGCAGGCCGUGAACUCUGUGCAGUCGGGCAAUCUGGCCCUGGCCGCCUCAGCCGCCGCAGUGGACGCCGGGAUGGCGAUGGCUGGCCAGAGCCCGGUGCUCCGGAUCAUCGUGGAGAACCUCUUCUACCCGGUGACCCUGGACGUGCUCCACCAGAUCUUCUCCAAGUUCGGCACCGUGCUGAAGAUCAUCACGUUCACCAAGAACAACCAGUUCCAGGCACUGCUGCAGUACGCCGAGCCUGUGAGCGCCCAGCACGCCAAGCUGUCGCUGGAUGGCCAGAACAUCUACAACGCCUGCUGCACGCUGCGCAUCGAUUUCUCCAAGCUCACCAGCCUCAAUGUCAAGUACAACAACGAUAAGAGCCGUGACUACACGCGCCCCGACCUGCCCUCCGGCGACAGCCAGCCCUCGCUCGACCAGACCAUGGCCGCCGCCUUCGGUGCGCCCGGCAUAAUGUCAGCCUCUCCGUAUGCAGGAGCUGGUUUCCCUCCCACCUUUGCCAUCCCUCAAGCCGCAGGUCUCUCCGUCCCCAACGUGCACGGGGCCCUGGCCCCUCUGGCCAUCCCGUCAGCGGCGGCGGCCGCGGCAGCAGCGGGCCGGAUCGCCAUCCCAGGCCUGGCAGGGGCGGGAAACUCUGUCCUGCUGGUCAGCAACCUCAAUCCCGAGAGAGUCACACCCCAAAGCCUCUUUAUUCUCUUCGGCGUGUACGGCGACGUGCAGCGGGUGAAGAUCCUGUUCAACAAGAAGGAGAACGCGCUGGUGCAGAUGGCCGAUGGCAGCCAGGCCCAGCUGGCCAUGAGCCACCUCAACGGGCACAAGCUGCACGGGAAGCCGGUGCGCAUCACGCUGUCGAAGCACCAGAACGUGCAGCUGCCCCGGGAGGGCCAGGAGGACCAGGGCCUCACCAAGGACUACGGCAGCUCGCCGCUGCACCGCUUCAAGAAGCCCGGCUCCAAGAACUUCCAGAACAUCUUCCCACCCUCGGCCACUCUGCACCUCUCCAACAUCCCGCCCUCCAUAUCUGAGGACGACCUCAAGAUCCUCUUCUCCAGCAACGGCGGGAUCGUCAAGGGAUUCAAGUUCUUCCAGAAAGACCGGAAGAUGGCGCUGAUCCAGAUGGGCUCCGUGGAGGAGGCCAUCCAGGCACUCAUCGACCUGCACAACCACGACCUGGGCGAGAACCACCACCUGCGAGUGUCCUUCUCCAAGUCCACCAUCUAGGCCCGCCACCGAGGACCAGCCGCCGCGCCCGGCCACCACUUCCAUCAUUCCAGAAAAAAGCCACUUUAAAAAGCAGCUGAAGUGACCUUAAGACCAGAGAUUUUA